GUGUCAAAUUUCGGCACUGGAUAGAAUGAAAAUGUAUUUUGUACAAUCAAGAUUAAAUCGAAAUUUGUUGUUUAUUAGGGCUUGUCGGUAUUUAUCAUAGGCUAGCGCAUUCCAGGAGUUUUUCCUUGAUGGUGAAUGAUUCCCCGUUUUCCUCUCAUGUAGUUGUUUUCCAUUCCUAUGAGUAGUAACGUUGAAGUGGUCGCUGAAGUCAGAGCGGUUUCCGACUCCAUUGAACCUAUUCCUGAUAUCAAACCUGAACCGUUGGAAGAAAGUACAGCCAGACCAGAUGAAUCUGAUCUGAACCCAACUCCAUGGGAGUUCUUGACCACUCCUCCGGACAGAGACACUAUUUUGAAACCACGUACCGAGAGUCCAGAUGCCCUGUUUUUGAACAAAGUAAAGGCGGAACAUGGCGACGCCAACCCAACAAUCGACGAUGACAAGGCCCUCGACCCUGAGGCUAAAACAUUUAUAGAAGCUCUCGAUCACCUUGCUGGUCACAAGUCAGAACAAGAUAGUUACUUCUACGAGCAAAACCGAUACGGGGAUCAGCUACUAUUUGCAGAGAAUGCGCUCCUGGAUGUGGCUUCAGAAGAAACUGUUACACCAGAUGGCAGUGUAAAUAAAAAGAGGAAACGUUUGCAUUCUGAGUGUGGGACCCUCCUGAAUACCCUAGAUGGCAACAAGAAGUGGCGUAAGAGACCUCAGCAGAUUAAGACUCUGGACGGUGUUUUCUCUGUCAUGGUUUGGACGCCAGAGAUAGAUUUUAACGAGGAGGAGCGAUCUGAGUGUAAAGAUGGUAAGAACAGCAAAUCCCUGACCAGAAGUGACCUGGAUAAGAUGAACCUGAGAGAUCCCAAAACUUUGGCCGAAAUUGCCAAGAAAUUCACGAGAAAAAAGGUCAACAGUCCGACCGAGAGAACAGUUAAAUGCACUGACCCGGAUUGUUCGAAGAUGUUUAAGGAUCAUAUCGGAUUACGGAAACAUCUGUUAUCUCACGCCCCUAAAGUGCACGUGUGCGCGGAGUGUGGUAAGGCGUUCAAGGAGAGUUCUAAGCUCAAGCGACAUGCUCUGGUCCACACUGGAGAAAAACCCUUUCAGUGCUCGUUCGAGGGAUGCGGCAAGAGAUUUUCCCUAGACUUCAACCUGCGGACCCACGUCAGGAUUCACACAGGGGACCGGCCCUAUCACUGUCCCUUUGACUUUUGCAGCAAACGCUUUGCCCAGUCCACCAACCUGAAGGCCCACAUUCUGACCCAUGCUAAACACAAACCAUCCUAGCCAUUAUCCAUCCGGAGACUAUUUAUCAACUUUCUGUAGCGCUGUAGCGCAUUACCAAGUCAGCGUUUAUUCUGCACAAUGGAAGCAACAAGAUCUGAUCAUGAUUAUGGCCAUUCCAAUGAUUUACAUAUCAUUUUUGAUCUUAGUUCCACCAGUAUGGUCAAUAAUAGGGCUGGUCACAUGAUGUUGUGUGCAGUGCUUGCAUACUGUAAAUACGUGAACAAUACCAUUUAGUGUAAAUUUACAUUUUUCUUUCCAUGAAUAUACUUGGUUUUUUGAUGAAGCAUUGCGGCAGUUUCUUUUAAGCUUAAAGAUUUACAAUUUUUCGAAUUAAAAUUGAAUAUUAUCCUAUAUUAGUAAUGAAAAUGAACACGGUUUGGGUAACUAUAACUCAUAUAAUUAUAAGUUAUCUGAUUUUAUGAAUACAUGUCGAACUGUAGUAUUGUAGGUUGUACUGGGUACAAAGACACACUAGUACAUUUAUUUGAGUUUACCUCCAAUGGGAAAAAGAAGCCGUGUUUGUAAGUUAGAUCUUGUUUUUGGUUUCUUUCAAGAAUGUUUUUGUGAAAUAUUGAAAUCUUACUCAUCGGCCUCAGAAAGACUUUUAAGAAAAUUGUAAAAUUUGAACGAUUGGUAAAAUUAGGAUGAAUUUAUCAAGUGUAUUACUAAUAACCAUCCAAUUUUCAAAACAAAUUGAAAAUUCUUAUUAAAUUACCGUCAAGAAAUGUAAUAAUAAUUAGUUCAGACCAUUACAUUAUUUUACAGUUCAAAAGACGUUACCAGUAUCUAAGUCUAUUAUUUCGCUGGGGACUCGCAUGAAGGCAUCAUCACAUGCAACGUCCAUUUUAGGGUCGAUGAGAUUUGUUGUUUUUUGUCAUGUUGCUAUAUAAGAAUUAGAAGUGUUUACUGUAUUUGUUGUCAUUCAACUUCACUCAACUAUUUGUAUUAUUAUAGUCAGUUGCAUGUCGAUGUUGAGAUUAAUUAAUAAAAUGAAAUUUAUCGAUAACAGUGCACCAAGUUUACAGCACAAUACAUAUUGGCUCCUGUAGUUAGUUUCAAGGUCAAAUUAAAUGAAAUGUUGGAAAAUUGCAAGCUAAAAAAAUCUAAUUUCACACUUUUACUCUAGGAUCA